AUGACGUCUCUUACGCGCCUCGCAGCCACCAUCUCGGAGGCAAGCGCUCUGCUCUCUGCUUACAUUGUCAAGAACAACCUGCCCAACCCUUCGUUCGAAGUCGGUGCUCCCCCCGAGCUGCCCAUUCCGGUUGAGGACCACGAGCUGCAAGCAUCGAGGUUGAGGUUGCUCCAAGCAGCCCAAGACCUGGCCAGCCUCGCGCUCGGGCCAAUGAGACUGACGCGCAGGCAGCAAUACAACGACAAUGUCAGCCUCCACGCCAUCAUGCACAUCAAGAUUGCCGAAGCCGUCCCUCUGACGGGCACGACGUCUUUCGCCGAGGUGGCCGACAAGACGGGCGUGCCGCAGGCGCUCGUCACUCGUCUGAUUCGCCAUGCGACCAUCUACCACUGUUUCCAAGAGGCGGCGCCGGGUCGGAUCGCGCACACGGCAGCAUCGGCUGCGCUGCACCAAGGCGGCAGUGUGCGCGAUUGGCUCGACAUGACGUUUGAGGAAUGGGGGCCGGCGUCGGUCAAGGCCGUCGAGGCGCUCCGGCGGUUUCCAGGCGGCCACGAGCCCAAAGAGGGCGCCUUCGCCCUGGCCGCGCGCGUGUUUGGCAGCGCCAUGGGCAACUUCUCCAAGGGCACCAGCCACAAGGUGGAACAUCUGGUCGAAAACUAUGACUGGCAGGCGCUCGGCAGCGGCACCGUCGUCGAUCUCGGUGGUUCGCACGGACACAUUAGCGUGGCCAUCGCCAAGGCGGCGCCAAAGCUUAACUUUGUCGUCGAGGACCUGCCAGGAACAGCAGCCGAAGGCGAACGCAUGCUCGACGCCGCCUUCAAGGACCGGGUGCGCUUCGUGGGCCACGACCUCAAGGACGAGCAGCCCGUCAAGGGCGCCGACCUGUACCUGUUCCGGUCCGUGCUCCUCAACUGGCCCGAUGCCUACGUCGUCAAGUUGCUGAAGAACCUGGUGCCGGCGCUGAAGCCCGGGGCCAAGGUGCUGAUCAACGAGGGCUGCCUGCCCGAGCCCGGCAGCGUGUCGAGCUGGGACGACAAGCUGCUGCGGUGCCUGGACCUGUGCAUGAUGGCGUGCUUCAACAGCAAUGAGCGCACCGUCGAUGAGUGGGCGGGCCUGUUCCACGCCGCCGACGCACGCUUCAAGUUUGUCGGGGCCACGAAGCCCGAGUACAGCCUGCUGUGGAUCAUCGAAGCCGUGUGGGAGCCCUAG